UGCGCCUCUCCGACACCAAGCGAACUAUGGCCCUAGCAAGGCCGACGCGGCUGCUGUCGCGUGCAUCUCGGGUGCUCCUGACGCCUCGACGGGACCUCGCGGCCCGCAAUCCCGACGAAUCUCUCCCGGUGGUGCGCAUCCCGCGGGCUCUGCAGCCGCGGCAGGAACAACGGCAGGGCAGGCGGAGCCCUCGGCGGCCGGUGCUGGUGCGACCCGGUCCUCUGCUGGUCUCGGCGCGGCGACCCGAGUUGAACCAGCCUGCGCGCCUAACGCUGGGCCGCUGGGAGUGCGCGCCGCUCGCUUCACGCGGCUGGAAGAAUCGGCGCACGUGCCACGACCACUUCUCCAUCGAGCGCGUGCAACGCGAGGCACCGGCGCAACCGAACCUCUCGCGCGAGCGCACCUUCGCGGAUCUGGGUCUGGAGCUCCGCGUGCUAAGUGCGCUGAAGGAGGCUGCGCCAGAAGUCGUUCGGCCUACAACGGUGCAGUCGAGCACCAUUCCCCCACUGCUUCGUGGCCGUCACGUCCUUUGCGCUGCAGAAACCGGCAGUGGCAAGACUCUGAGCUACCUGCUACCCCUGCUUCAACGACUUUUGGACUGGCCAAACCUGGACUCCUGUCGUAUCCCUGCUCCACGAGGUCUGGUCCUUGUGCCUUCCCGAGAAUUAGCUGAGCAGGUGCGGGCCGUUGCCCGACCCUUGGGCAGCAACUUGGGCCUCCAGGUGCGGGAUCUGGGCGGAGGCCAUGGCAUAAGUAGGAUCAGUCUGCAACUGUCCAAACAGCCUCCAGCAGAUGUGCUGGUGGCCACUCCGGGGGCAUUGUGGAAGGCCCUAAGGCGUCAUAUGAUCAGCCUGGAGCAGCUCUAUUUCUUGGUAUUGGAUGAGGCAGACACACUGUUGGAUGAAAGCUUCCUGGAAAUGGUGGAGUAUAUUUUGGAGAAGAGCCAUAUAGCAGAAGGCCCAGCUGACUUAGAGGACCCCUUCAAUCCCAAAGCUCAGUUAAUAUUGGUUGGGGCCACAUUUCCCGAAGGUGUAAGCCAGCUGCUGAAUAAAGUUGCCAGCCCUGAAUCCCUAACCACCAUCACCAGCUCCAAACUCCACUGCAUCAUGCCUCAUGUCAGACAGACAUUUAUGAGACUGAAGGGAGCAGAGAAGGUGACUGAGUUGGUGCAGAUCCUUAGACACCAUGAAAAAGCCAGUAGAACUGGCCCUUCAGGGACUGUUCUGGUGUUCUGUAAUACCUCGAGCACUGUAAACUGGCUUGGGUAUAUUAUGGAUGACCACAAAAUCCAACACCUAAGGCUGCAGGGACAAAUGCCAGCCUCAAUGAGAGCAGGUAUCUUCCAGGGCUUCCAGAAUGGGUCCCGAGACAUACUUCUCUGCACAGACAUAGCCUCUCGGGGCUUGGACAGCACCCAGGUGGAGCUAGUAAUCAAUUAUGAUUUCCCCCUCACCCUGCAAGACUACAUCCACAGAGCCGGGAGGGUGGGCCGUGUGGGGAGCGAGGUACCAGGCACUGUCAUCAGCUUUGUGACCCAUCCCUGGGAUGUGAGUCUGGUUCAGAAGAUUGAGCUGGCAGCUCGCCGGAGAAGAAGCCUUCCAGGACUAGCGUCCUCAGUGAGCGAGCCUUUGCCCUAGCAAUCCUGAUUUCAACUGGAUUAAAUGUUAUGCCAUAACAGGGAUUUUUCCCUGAGUCCUGGGUGGGUGAGCACACUUAUCAGUAGGAUGCACUGGGGUUCUCCAUAACCUCCCUGAAUAUCUAGUGAACUAGCUUCAAAAGGUAAGCUGUCGGCCAGCAUUGGAGGGUAAGCCUCUAAGCUUGGCUCUCUAGUCUUUCACAUGAUUCGUGACAAAUAAAGUGGAUUUUGACUUUGUAUUAUGUCAUUUCUAACAAGUGAUGUUUUCAUGGGUCUUCCCCAAUAAUAAUUACCAUUGGGGUAGAAGUCACUGGAUUCUGAGAAGAUUCACACCCUUAACCUAGCGCAUCUAGGAAAAAGUUUCCUUCAAUUGCUGUUUUAGUUUAACAUUUUUAUUUCCUGCCCCAAAGCAUCUCCAUUAAUCCCCUCAGAGAAGGAAAAGUGAAUGGGAUUAACAGUAGAGAGAAGUCUUCUUCACCAAUAAUGCCUUUGGCAAGCUUGGACACACUUGGUGAAAUCUCCUGUCAGGAGAAUAAAAGGCAAAGUGACUCCAAAGUAUUGGAGUGCCUUCUUUUCUAUGUCUUGGUGGAGGAAGAAGAGAGGGGAUAAAACUGUUUCCAAAACUGGCAAAAUAAGCAGAUAGCAUCCUCUCAAAAUCUCCUUGGUUUCAUUCUCUGCACCAUUAUAUAAGUUUUGCCUAAAGUAACAAACACUUGAGAAUCAAAUACAACAUUUCACAAAAAGAAUUUAACGAUAAUUGCACAUUGAUAAGGACAAGGUUACAGAGAAUAAAAAUAGGCCCAGGGAGCCUUUGCCAGAACAGAACAUGGCACUAAAUGUAUAACCCUAGCUCUCUUUUCCAUAUGAAGAAACAGGUUCAGAGGGAUAAAAGAACUUGCUCAAGAUCACACAGGUACACAGGACAGAAUCUGGUUUGUCUGUACCAAGGGUUGUGUUCUUACACCUGCCAGCUUUUCACAAAUGUGGUUCUUGCAUAAAUAUCUAUAUGUCAGUUUUCCUUAAAUAUCCUUUUUUUACAUCUAUACCUAGAGUAGUUUAAGUGCAGACUCCUGGGCCCCAAACCUGAUCUGGGUACAUACAUUUUCUCUGGGUUGGCCCAAGAAUCCACACACAAGUAUCUUUCAGUUGUUUAUGGAAUCCACAGGUGAGUCUCAAGCUCUCUCAAGAUUGACAAAUCAUUUGUCUGAAGUAUAGUGCCUUCCCAAAAGUCCCAGCCAGGUCUUCAUGAGACAUCAGUACCCCUCCAGAUCAGAAGGAGUUCCCAGACAAUCUCUCCAGAGGACUGGAGGAAG